CAUAGACAACAGUUUCCUCCGGUUAAUCACAGAGCGAGCAAUCAGUUCACGUACAAUCCCUACACAAAGCAAAGCAAAAAACCGAAUUCAGUAUGAAGAACGCCGUUGCCAUUCUCCUGUGCGCCCUGCUUGGUUUGGCCUAUGCCAACGAAUACAAGCUCCGGACCGCGGAGGAUCUGCAGAACGCGCGCAAGGAAUGCGCUGUUAGCAGCAAGGUGACGGAGGCCCUGAUCGCCAAGUACAAGACCUUCGAUUAUCCCGAGGAUGACAUCACCCGCAACUACAUCCAGUGCAUUUUCGUGAAAUUCGACCUGUUCGAUGAGACCAAGGGCUUCAAGGUGGACAACCUGGUGGCGCAAUUGGGCCAGGGCAAGGAGGACAAGACCGCGCUGAAGGCUGACAUCGAGAAGUGCGCCGACAAGAACGAGCAGAAGUCGCCCGCCAACGCCUGGGCCUUCCGCGGAUUCAAGUGCUUCCUGGGCAAGAACCUGCCCCUAGUGCAAGCUGCCGUCCAGAAGAACUAAGCGGAUGCAGCGCAGUUUCAUGUCAAUUUUAGAAACGCAAGAACAAACCGCCAACAAGGUGGAACUUUUGAGUUGAAAUCCCCUCAGGCUCUGCAAUCCUACAAUUGAAAUAAAACCAUAUAAUAGUGCUUGAA